AUUUAUUUAAUGUCAGUUAACGUAUUCGAGCUCGUUUGUAAACCACUGUCGGAAUGUUUGCCUAACCGAGUCGUUGUACUAGUGCUAAUACGUGGUAAAUUAACGUUCAGUUCAACGUAAGAGAGAUUAGGAAGAACACGUUUCGGCGUUUUAUUGUGUUUUUUUUUUGCAGCAUGUGGUCAAAUACAGACCUCGACGCCAACGCCAACGGUGUAAUGAGCACCGGUGAUGCUACUUUAGACAAACUGGUACAUCAGUGGAUGAGCUGGGAUCAGAAUGCAGCAACACGGGCACAGAUUCAAAACCUGGUGCAGGAAACCCGUGUAGAGGAACUCAGGAGGAGGCUGUGCUCACGGAUGACUUUUGGAACUGCUGGACUAAGAGCAGCUAUGGGAGCCGGAUUUUCCUGUGUCAAUGAUCUCACUAUCAUCCAGUCAACACAGGGGAUGUAUGUAUACUUGACUAAAUGUUUUCCUGACCUGAGGACCAGAGGUUUGGUGGUUGGAUAUGACACACGAGCACAAUUGUGUAGUGGCUGCACCAGUGAACGGCUUGCAAGUUUGACUGCAGCAGUCAUGCUUAGUAAGAAUGUUCCAGUUUAUCUAUUUUCAACGUAUGUGCCUACCCCGUUUGUGCCCUAUGCACUGAAGAAGUUAGGAGCUGCUGCAGGUGUAAUGAUAACUGCAUCUCACAACAGAAAAGAGGAUAAUGGAUACAAGGUAUACUGGGAGAACGGUGCUCAGAUUUCUUCGCCACAUGAUAAGGAGAUACUACGUUGUAUAGAACAAAAUGCAGAGCCCUGGGCUGCAUCUUGGAAUCAAGACCUGGUUAAGAGCAGCUCAUUAAGAACUGAUCCACUGAAAGAUGUUUGCUGCUGGUACAUGGAGGAGCUGAGUACUCUCUGCUUCCACAGAGAGCUCAACACACAGUCUAGCUUGAAGUUUAUACAUUCAUCCUUUCAUGGAGUCGGACAUGCCUAUGUCCAGGAGGCAUUUCGGUCAUUUGGCUUUCGACCUCCAAUCCCUGUACCAGAGCAGAUGAAUCCAGAUCCAGACUUUUCUACUGUCAGUUGCCCUAACCCCGAAGAGGGAGAAUCAGUUUUGGAGCUGUCUCUUAGACUGGCUGAGAGAGAGGGAGCCCGGAUUGUGCUGGCCACAGACCCUGAUGCUGAUCGCCUGGCUGUGGCAGAGCAGCGUGACAAAUGUGGCUGGAAAUUUUUUACUGGGAAUGAGUUGGCCGCAUUGCUGGGUUGGUGGAUGCUAUUAAACUGGAAGGAGACUCACCCAGAUCCAGCUGAGGUUGGCAGUGUGUACAUGCUGGCCACAGCAGUCUCCUCCAGAAUCCUCAAGACAAUGGCAGAGAUGGAGGGCUUUCAUUUUGAGGAAACUCUACCUGGCUUCAAAUGGAUUGGAAAUAAAAUCCACGAGUUAGCUAAAACAGGAAAGGACGUCAUAUUUUCCUUUGAGGAGUCCAUUGGCUUUCUGUGUGGGAGAAUGGUCCCUGACAAGGAUGGAGUUAGUGCUGCUGUAGUUGUUGCUGAGAUGGCAGUGUAUCUGCAUACAAAAAAUGUAACACUUAAACAACAACUUCUAAACAUCUAUGAAACUUAUGGUUACCACAUUUCAAGAACUUCUUAUGUUAUCUGCAAUGAUGCCCCAACUGUCAAGAGAAUAUUUUAUCGUUUACGCAACUUUGAAGGAGAGGCAGUUUACCCGAAGAAGUGUGGUGGAUACACCAUUGCACAUAUCAGAGAUGUGACUACAGGUUUUGACAGCAGCCAACCUGACAAAAAAUGUGUCCUACCUGUAUCCAAAAACAGCCAAAUGGUGACAUUCACAUUUCAGAAUGGUAUCGUUGCCACCCUUAGGACUAGUGGGACAGAGCCCAAGAUCAAGUACUAUACAGAGUUCUGUGCACCACCUGGAAAAAGAGAUAUCUCAAGUCUUGAAGAAGAGUUAGCAAAUGUGACCUCUGCUCUGCUGGAGGAGUAUCUGGAGCCUGAGAAGAACAAUCUGAUCCUCAGAUCAGUCUAGCUAUGUAGCUAUACUAGCUAUGUAGUAGUAUGUAGGAGCAAUUGGCCAGGCAUAUUAUUUCAAUGCCUGGAAUCUUCUCUUAAUAUAAAACGAUUUUCAGCUUUAUUUUAUUGUUGUAAAGGUCUUGGGUCUUAGUUGAAACAGUCAACAAGCAUGGUUGUUUCUGCUAUUAUGAUUUAUGUAAUUUAACGGUUAUAUUGUCAUUAUGUUUAAAUGUGUCUUUGUUCAGUAAACCACAAGGCUUUAUCCCUGUCAUAACAUUUUAGUUAAUUAUAAGAAACCAACAAUUCAUUUGGCCUGAAAUGAAAUGUUUUUCUGUAUUAUGAUGUGAUGUAACUGUGGUUGUGAUAACAACCUGGGUUAUUUAUUCACAACUUGGUUCCUUUCACUGAAAUUAAAAACAGAUUCUGCACAGGGGUACAUUACGUCUUAACUGGCUAACAUGCUACUACGACAAUAAAUAAAGUGGCACUACUCUGCUUUGCUGCUUUAUAGAUGGGGCAGAUGUUUUAAUGAAAACAUCUAGGAUUAACUAUAUAAUUUUUAAUUCAGUGAUGCUUAAGUUAACAGUUUUUAUCCAGUACUAAAUACAUGAAGAGUGUAGAUUUUGAUUGCAAACAUUAUCCAAUGUAGUGUAUUUCAUUCUAGUCAGGCACUACAUACCUCUGUGUGCACCAAUGGUUUGGAAAAAUCAGUGCCAGUUGUGAUAGAAUGCAUGGUCAAAGUUUGCUCAUUUUCCAUACAUUUUGGUGUCAUUAAUAAUUCUUGGAUAGGGACAAUUUUGUAGAAGACUAGGUGUGCAGACUCGGUCCCUACACAAUUCAGAAAAUGGAAGACCCCCUAAAUCACCCAUGAAGGAAUGAAUUUUAGCAAUUGGAUGAUCAUUUGAAAUGGGACUUGAGGUUUGCAUACAAGUGACUUGCUCAGUAGUUUAUAAGGCAGGAAGACUACUGCUGCUUUCAGUUUCCUGAAUUCUUUAUGUAGUAUUCAGCUUGCACUAUAGAUAUCUAUUUUUUUUAAAGCAAUGUAUAAAUACUGCCAAGAAAUGUUGAAAGACUGAAUAUUUAUUUUGUGUUUUCUUCACUUUAUACAUAUGGGCAGAAGCAUGUAAUUUUGCCAUUGUAAAGUGGAGCAAAGAACCUAUUGUUUUAAGUAAAUCACCAAAAAAGAACAUUUUCCUUACAACUUUAUCAAUAUUAUUGAUGAGUACAAAAUAAUUAUUUAUUUGUGGUGAUACUCCAGCUAUAUUUAAUAUAUUACAUUGUUUUAUUUACCAAUUAAGUGUGAUGUAUUGAAUUAAAGAAAAUAUCCAAAUCAAA